UUUAUUAAACACUUUAGGCAACCAUUUCUACUCAUCAAAUCGCAUUAAAGACGAUUUUUUCAUUAUCAGUAAUUCAAAAUAUUGAAUUGCUGCCAGUUUGAAUUUAGCGCACGGCGAAGUGCGCCAUCUCCGAGACCCAGGUGUUACUAUUUUAACCCUUGUUUUGGGAAACAAAAUUCACAUAUUUUUGUAAUUUAUUCCGUUACUUUCCUAAAUGAACCACAUAUGUUUUAGUAUCAGACGUAAUUAAAUGCAUUAAGCUAAAGCCGUUCGAAAAUGUGAAUCCAUUCAUUAUUGUGAAUUGCCACACAAAGCUCGACUAAUCUGUUUUGGGAUAAAUAUGGACAAAACUGUUUUAUGACACAGACAUAACCUUUAACAAUGACCACUAUCCACUGGCAAUUCCAAAGAUUACCCAAAUCCCUUUAUUACCUCUUCAAGUCUUUUUUCCAAAAAUGUCGACUUACAUUCCGUUCCCUAACUUACAAUCACUUUAUGGAUCAAAGUUAUGCUGCCGACGUCUGUAUGGAACCAAUGUUCUGGUUUGUAGAUAACUUUACAUACGCUAUAGGACCGUUAUUCGUCGUGGCUGUAAUAGGGUUGACCAGUUCGGUUGUUUUUAUCGCAUAUUGGAUAGGGCUUCCCUAUUGGUGGCAACGCAACCCCUAUUUGUGUGUUAUUCUAGUCAUUAUAGGACACUGGCUGCUCCUUAAUAUAUCAUUCCACUACUAUAUGGCUGUUAUUACCCCACCUGGUUACCCGCCUCAGGGAGAACUGAUAACUGAGGCAGUUAGUAUAUGCAAAAAAUGCAUCGCACCCAAACCCCCAAGAACGCACCACUGCUCAGUUUGUAACAGAUGCAUUCUAAAAAUGGAUCACCAUUGCCCAUGGUUAAAUAACUGCGUGGGUUACAGGAAUCACCGCUAUUUUUUUAUGUAUAUGGUGUACAUGGUGUUGGGAGUUCUUUUUGUGAUAAUUUGUGGUUUUGAUAUCGCAUAUUCUGCUAUUAUGUUAACAGGGGAUGAUUCAGGGGAACCUGAGUUGGAGGGCCAUCCUGUUAAAUUUAACAAAACCGGAGCCCUUAUUCCAGUGACUGAUGUUCUUUACGUUGAUACUCCAGUAGCAGACGAUGAAUUUAACGAAAUGUACGAACCAAACAACCCUUGGAAGAGGAGGGCUGUCAUUUAUAUGGCGCUAAUAAACAGCGGUGUGUUUGUGGCCCUUGGGGUGCUGUCCCUGUGGCACAGCCAACUGAUCGGGCGCGGGGAGACCAGCAUAGAAGCAAACAUAAACAAAGCAGAGACCCAAAGAUUAUCAGAGCUGGGGCGUAUUUACAUAAAUCCGUACAAUUUCGGGACUAAAAAAAACUGGCGGAUAUUUCUAGGCCUGGUUCAGGGGCGUACCUUCCUGCAGCAUGUUCUCUUACCGUCGCCCCACGAACCGGUGGGCGACGGCCUAACCUGGCACACGAUUCACGAUGAGGAUGUGGACGAAUGGCCAUGAUCUCUAGUCAGCUAAUACGUUUAAGUACAACUUUAUUCUUCUUUUAUACAGUACUUGAAAUUAUAAAAUUUUCUAUACGUAUUGUAUGUGAAUGAUAAAAUAAAAAAUGUCGUUAAGUGGGUGAUUUUA